CGUCUGGAGGAAUGGACAGAUACGAUGUCAGUCCUGCUGGUGACAAAAAGCGAGGUCUAGCCAUCAUCAUGACAAAUGAUUUUCACGGCACACUUUCUGACCUUCCAUUUGUAUGGGAGGAUGGAAUUAUGCUGUGGAAAAUGUUCGAACUUCUUGACUUUAAUGUCAUAUGGCAUGCAAAUCACAGUGCAAGAGAAAUGGUAAAUUCUCUCAAAGAGGAUGUUAAGUCAACCAACGAUGUAGGCAAACUGUUAGCUUGUUGCGUCUCAUCACAUGGACAGCAGUCAGUCGUACUUGGACAAGAUAAAGCUGCUCUUUGGAUCAAACGAAUGGUUGAUACCCUGGCAUCAGAGGAUACUGAAAUUAGCCGUAAGCUGAUGGCUUUCCAGGAAGACACAUCUGGGAGGAAAAUCAAGUUUGAUGUAACACAGGAUUUCUCCAGAAUAGCAAAACAUGCGGAUGUUUUACUCGGUUUCGCAGCCUACCAGGGAACAGUUUCAGUUGGUAUCUACAAAAAAGGAAGCUAUUAUAUAAAUGAGCUAACCAAGUACCUUCCAGCUCAUACUACAGAAGACAUCCAUGUGGUUCUUGCAGCCGUCUGCAAACGCGUGCAAAGUAUUGUGUUUGAUGGCUGUACAACCGAAGCCCAAUUACCAAUGGUUUUCAGCACUCUGACAAAGAUGUUGACUUUUUCCAAGUAUUGACAACAGAAGUUAUGAACAGCAAACGGCGAAAAAAGAAUGUCGAUUUGACUUACCGAUAACCACAGUGAACUAAUUUUUUGAUGUGUGUUU